AUGGUGAACUAUGCUGGAGGUUCCAGAGGUAACGGGUGUGCUGGAGGCUCCAGGAGACAUGAGGCAAGACGCUGGAAGGCCAACUCCAGAGAGAGGACAAGGAUGCACUGUCUGAAUGCCGCUCUAGACAACCUUCGGUUGUUGAUGCCCGUUGAUCCCUGCCUUUACCAGAGUGGUAGCAUGCACCAGAAAUUAUCCAAGAUAGAGACACUAAGGAUGGCUAUAAAUUACAUCUCUGCGCUGCAGAGAUCCCUCUCCCUGAAUGAAGCUCUAGACUUGAUGACUUUCUGGAGGCUUCUGACCAGGGGACUCAGUCAGCAAACCGCCCAGCUAGUUGCUGCGAGUCUUCGACUGUACGCCUUCAACAAGUGGCCAGCAGUGUCGACUCUCAGUACUGCCUGUCCUCUCACUGUCCAGGAGCCUCUGCCGGAUCCUCCCGACAGGCGGCAAACUUGGGUGUCUCGUUGGCGACAAAGUCUACAGUCUGCUGAUCCUGCACAUACGCAAUGGUUUCCUGCAGAGACACAACCACACUACCUGACUGCUACCUCAGCUGACAGCGAAGUUGCAGCCGAUUGUUAUGGCAUUGACGAAUUCAUGUUUUAGUUUGUUAAGUUUAUCAGUUGUAUAAAAAAUGUUCUGAUAGAA